UUCCUCCUUCCCCAGCCUCGCGUGAGCAUUUUAUCAAAACCGAUACCCUCUCUGCGUUAAAAUGAGACAAGGCAACGUGGGCUGACUUCCCACUUUCUUUUCCCCUUAUCCAUGUAAACCGGGUCCCUGCGGCGUCUCCGCUGCUCCCUCCGCCUGUCCCGGGCUGUUCGGGACCGUGUCCCCUAUGGGCGGUCCCUGCCCGGCCCGGCCCCCCCGGGCCAUGAUCGCCGUGUCCAUCGCCGCAGCGGAGCCCCCGGUGUUCCAGGUGGAGGUGCUGUGCAAUGGCCGGCGGCACACGGUGACCAAGCGCUACAGUGAGUUCCAGGCGCUGCACAAGCGGAUCAAGAAGAUCUGCAAGGUCCCCGACUUCCCCCCACGCCAUGUUCCCAACUGGAUGCCCAAAGCGCUGGAGCAGCGCCGGCAGGGCCUGGAGGUCUACCUGCAGGGUGUGCUGUACCACAACAAGGAGCUGCCCCAGGACGUCCUGGAGUUCCUGAAGGUGCGGCAGUGCCGGCAGAACGCCGAGGCCAGCAGCCCUCCCAGCAGCAGAGUCCUGCCCUCCCAGCGCCCCACUGUCAGCUUCUGCUGGGAUCCCUACGCGCGGCCACACGGCGCUGAGCUGCUCCCUAACACCAUCCUCAGCGGGGUCCUGCAGGGCCUCUACCUCCCCCUGAGCUGUGUCCCCACCCAGGCAGCGCCCCAAGCCUCUGCAAUGAGGAGCUCCCAGACACCCACCCAGCACCCAGGGAUGCAGGGGUGAGGAAAAGAUCCUCGUGGUGAAACAAACUCCCCCCUGCUGGCCUGGGGCAGGGAAAUGGUGAGACGACCCAAGGCGACAGGGGGAGAAGCCAAAGGGAUGUUGGGAACUGCUCUCCCACCACGGUGCAAAGUCCCUUUUGUUGGCAGAGCAGGAGCUCUGCCUUUCCCCCCUCUCUUUUGGGCUUGCAGUACAACCUCUGGAUGCUGAAUGGUGCUGGAAAUCCUCUCUGUAUCCAGGCUUUGGUGCAAUAAAUCUCCUCAAUUUG